UAUAAUAGAAUUGGAUUCGUGAAUUUUAUGAAAUUUGCCUGUAAUAUUAUAAAGUUGGUUUUACAAACCGGAUUCACAUUGCUAGUCUAUUGUUUAUGAUUGUUCAAUUAGUGGGAAAGAUGCACGGUGUUAAUUCAUUCCAUAAAUUUAUUUUAGCACUUUUGGUUCUUGUCACAUAUUUGGGAUUAGGUGCUACACAAGAAGCGAGUGAUGCUUAUUUGACAAUUAUGGAAACCUUCGCCAAAUAUAACUACGAGGGAGAAGAACAUGAAACGGUGACAGAGGACGGAUACAUAUUGAAGAUGCAACGACUUCUCCCCAAAAUUAACCGUACCGACGCCAACCUACCCCCCGUCAUGCUGGUUCAUGGUUUGAUGGGUAGUUCAGAGAACUUCAUAAUCGUCGGGCCUAAACGAUCUCUUCCCUAUUUGUUGGCGGACAGGGGCUACGAAGUUUGGCUGCCGAAUUGCCGAGGCAACUUCCAUUCCAGAAAACACGUCACCCUUGAUCCUGACAACAAUAAAACUUACUGGCACUUCAGUUGGCACGAAAUCGGAAAGUACGAUUUGCCGGCCAUGAUCGACUACAUACUGGAAACGACGAACAAAAGCCAAAUCAUUUAUGGAGGACACUCGCAGGGCACCACCGUUUUUUACGUAAUGGCGUCCGAACGGCCGGAAUACCAAUCGAAGGUGAAGCUGAGCAUGUCUCUGGCCCCGUCUGUUUUCCUCGAACACACCAAGCAACCCAUGCUGAGGGCUGUUUCGAAAUAUUACAGAUAUUGGCACAAUUUGGUGUCGGCUUUGAACCAGUACGAGUUCAUACCGUUCAUCCCCAACAAUGUGGCGAGAGGUCUGACCAGUUACAUGUGCCAGUUACCGGGACCGAUGCAGUACGUUUGCAGGAUGUUGGUACUCAUGCUUAUAGGUUCAGAUCCCGAACAACUUGAACCUGCAACAAUACCAAUAGUUUACGCACAGAUUCCUGCGGGUGCUUCGGCGUGGCAGUUCCUGCACUACGCCCAAAGCAUUGUUUCUGGAGAAUUCAAACAGUACGACUUUGGUAAAAGAAUUAACAUGAAAAGAUAUAAUUCAAAGACACCACCUUAUUAUAAUUUAAAUAUUACGACUCCAAUAGGACUGUUCUACGCCAAAAACGACAUGUUAAAUGAUGUUGAAGACGUUGAAAAUUUAUCCAGAAUCCUGCCGAAUGUGGUUAAAUUAUACAAAGUACCAUAUGAGUUCUUCACCCAUUUCGACUUCGUGAUGGCAAAAGAUGUUGUUCCUUUUGUAUACAAGGAAGUACUCAAAUUGAUAGAAGGUUAUGAGAAUAAAACUGACUGACGUCAAAUGUG